AUGCCUCGUGGAAGAGACGAACCAGAGUUCCUCUUUCCCGAAAUCGAGAAGAGACCGAUGGGGAUCCCAGUUCUCCGUGAAGAACUACUUCAGACAACUCCAUGCCGCCCUCGUCUGUUCCCACACCCAUAUACAUUCAGGCCAGGCCAUCCAUUCAACGUCCUCCUAUUCGUCCUCGUUCAAAGUGGAACGGGGAGUGGAAUAGGACGGACGGCGAAGAAGGACGAAGAGAGGGCGCACCACCUCGAGGACCUCAACUGCACCUCCAACUUUCUCACCACGAUCACUUUCCUCGCCGCAAAAUACGCCGUGUGA